CAGCCGGCAAGAGCACCAGGUGCACCAUCCAGCUCCCGACAGCGCCUCCUGCCUUCAGCCGCCACCCACCCAAAAGGAGCUGCGUGUCGCUGGUGGUGACGCAGCCCCCCGUUUGAACCGCCGCUCCACGCGGCCAACCCGCCGCUGUCCAGCCGCCUGCCGCCCGUCCAGCCAGCCCAGUUUGAACGCCACCCACCCCGCACCAGCGCCCUGGCCAGCACUCCACACAAGCUCUCCUGCCCUGCUCCAGCACCCAACACCAUCACCCAGGACCCUGCAGCAGCAGCAGCAGGCAACAACAGCGCAGCAGCAUGGUGGCGGUGCAGAGCGGCCCGGUGGCGGGGCGCUUCCUCUGGGUGUCUAGCGGCGAGCCGCACGCCAUCCGGCGGCGUGAGCUGCUGGCCAAGUAUGGCGACCAGAUCAGGAAGCUCUAUGGCUACGAUCACGCCACCGCCUGGCAGGUGGUGACCGUGGUGGCGUGCCAGUUCAUCAUGGCCGCCCUGGUGCGCGACUGGGCGUGGUGGAAGCUGGCCGUGGCUGCGUACGUGGUCAGCGGCACGCUCAACCAGAACCUGUUCUGCGCCCAGCACGAGAUCUCCCACUUCCUGGCCUUCAAGAAGCCGCUGUACAACAAGGUGCUGGCCCUGGUGGGCAACAUGCCGCUGGUGGUGCCGGUGGCGGUCAAGUUCCGGGAGUACCACCACGACCAUCACAUCUUCCUGGGCGUGGAUGGCGGCGACGUCGACCUGCCCACCGUGCUGGAGUCCAGCUGGAUUGCCGGCUUCUUCUCCAAGCUCUUCUUCACCUUCAUCUACCUCGCCAUCUACGCCGUGCGCCCGCUCAUCGUGCGCCCCAAGGCCAUCACCGCCGCCGACUUUGUGAACUGGGGCCUGGUGAUUGGCACCGACGUGGGCGUGCUGUACUUCCUGGGCAUCAAGAGCCUGGUGUACCUGCUGGCCGGCAGCCUGCUGGGCGGAGGCCUGCACCCCAUGGCCGGCCACCUGAUCGCAGAGCACUACAUGUUCAGCCGCGGCCAGGAGACGUACAGCUACUACGGCCCCCUCAACCUCCUCUCCUACAACGUCGGCUACCACAACGAGCACCACGACUUCCCGCAGAUCCCGCAGACACGCCUGCACAAGCUGCGCCAGAUUGCGCCCGAGUACUACAACAACCUGUACGCCCACACCAGCUGGUGCUGGGUGCUGUGGCGCUUCCUGGUGGACCCGGCCAUGGGCCCCUGGAGCCGCAUGCACCGCGUAAUGCGCGAGGGCACCCCCGCCGCCAACGACAAGUUCAUCGGCAGCAUGUGCAAGACGGCGGCGGAGACGGGCGCCUGGGAGGCGGCGCGCUCGGCAGAGGUGCUGGACAAGGGCGGCGCCUCGGCGCUGCAGGCGGCCAUGGGCGGCAAGUCGGCUGGGCGGCUGAUCCGCAAGGCAAACAGCGAGAACGAGCCCCAGAACUGA